UAUCUUUUUGAGUGGGAUAGCCGUGCCCCGAAUCGCUAUGCAAAAUCUGAAUGGCCAACACGUCAACUCUACAAAAUUGGUCAAAAAAAUGUUUUGAACCCUCCACUUGUCCGACCAGAAAAUGUUAUCUUGCCACCACUGCUCCUGAAACUUGGGUAUGCGAAGCAGUCUAAAGUCUAAACUAAAAGUCGAUGGCGAAGCGUUCCGUCACCUGAAAGAAGUUGCAUUCCCUAAAGUCAGCGAUGCAAAGCUAAAAGGAGGGAUCCUUGUCGGGCCUCAGAUUCGAAAACUCAUGCGAGAUGAGAAAUUUACGAGUAAGCUCAGUGCAGUGGAAAGACGGGCAUGGGAAAGUUUUAAAUCAUUGUGUGAGAAGUUCCUUGGAAAUAACAAGAACUCUGAUUAUGUUGAAGUCGUCAAAGAGUUUUUGAGUGCGUACAAAAAAAUGGAAUGCAAUAUGUCCAUCAAGAUACACUUCCUGCACUCACAUUUGAAUUUUUUCCCGGAAAACCUGGGCCAGAUGAGCGAUGAACAGGGUGAACGAUUUCACCAGGAGAUAGGAGUAAUCGAAAAACGUUUUCAAGGGAAGAACUCCAUCAACAUGCUUGCUGAUUACUGCUGGUCCUUGAAACGUAAAACCAGUGAUGACUCUUAUAAAUGGAGCAGGUCUAGCAAACAUUUUUGAAAUGAAGAUUAGUUUUUCCCGACAUCUUUUAAAAUUUUAAACCUGUACUGUUUCGUACUGAUGAUGU